UGAACUUAUGCCAUUCCGUUAAGUAAUCAUUGUUGUGUUAGAAAGAUUUUUAUUUUGUGUGGUUUGGUGUAAGUUAUUGCUCAAUUUGUUGUGUCUGCAAGUGUAUGUCAUGCCCCAUUAACGUGUGGUGUUUUGCUCACACAGCUGCUAUAUAGCUGUGCUGGUUUUCUGGACUGCCAGCCAGUUGCUAGUGGAAUUAUUCAGUCAGCUCUCAGCCAUGAGUUUCUACACGGCUCCUGGUUUCCAGGCAGUAGCUGCAAUGGUGGGUUACAGGUGGGUCGUUUACCCCAAGACCCCACUGGGUGGGUUAAACCACAAUCCAAGUUUGCAGACACCUGACCUGCCUCACAUCUGUGCCAGAGAAGUUGCCGCACUUACAUGCCCUGCUCUGACAAGCACAGUGCCUCUCAGUCAGCCUCUUGUGGCACCACUGCCCCUGACUACAGUGACAGGUCCUGCCCCAGCACCCACACCUGGUCCACCAACAAAGCCAACUGAUGUACUUCCGGCAGCGAACUUCCACAAUAGUGACCCAGUUACCAAAGCAGUCAUGGAUAAUAUUAUGGGAAAGCUACCUACAAAGAAGCAGGCUGUGACCUGUAAGUGCGAUAUUUGUGGCCUAGAGUUUUCAGGGCAGAUUGUCCUGGAGACACAUCUUGCUGGAGCAAAGCAUGCAAAAAAGGUAAAAUCACAGGAGAUUCUGAAGCAACUGCAGAAUAGUGGCCAAACCUUCACACGGGAUGAGAAAACGAGGAUUCUCAAGUGUGAGGUUUGCGAUGUGGUAGUGAAUUCCUCCCAGCAACUACAAACCCAUCUUGCAGGCAGCAAACACAAACAGAAAGCAUUGAAGAAAGGUGCAUUAACGAAUGCUGCUCAGAAACCAGCACAGACAAGUACAACCACCAGCAACAACACUACCACCACUACCACUACCAUUACCACAGCAACCACCACAGGAACAAGUGCGAUCAGCAGCAAAGGUUCGGAUGCUGGGACUGCAGCAAAGGAGGUGACCCCUGGACCUGCAGCUGCAGGAGAGGUUCCCGCAGGUGUUCAGAAGCUGCCCGACGCAGCUGGGACAAAGGCCAACAAAUACUUCUGUGACACAUGUAGUGUGUCCCUUAACUCAGAGAUUCAGCUGGAGCAGCAUUUGGGCUCUAGGAAACACAAAGAUAAACUUCUGAAUGGGGGAAGAAGCAAACCUCGAAUGGCGCCAUACUGGAAGAAGCCACGCCCAAGCUACCAGCAGGCAGGGAAACCUAACAAGAUGGCAAUGGCAGCAGUUCAUUAUUCCCAGCCGCUUUCCAACAACUUUGUGAGUGGUGGAGCCAUGAUGUGAAGUGUUGAGCACCUGGGUAUCUGAUAUUCUGAUUGAGUUGCCACAUGUUCCUUGCUAACAAAGAGAAAUCUAGACACUGUAAUGCGGUUCAGCCAGCUGUGUCAGUAUAGUUGAUAUACCAUUCUUUUAAUUCAGACAAUAUUAAUUGUAAUUAUCCCUCCAUUAAGUUGUCAUUUGCUUGAGAAACUGCCAAACAAAUUCAUAAUACAUUGUAAACUACAAUAUGUUUUUAGAAAUAAACAAUAAAAUGUUAGUAUGUGUUUAUAUGUAUAUAUACAUACAUAUAAAUUACAAAUGGGAUAAGUGUUUCAUGUGAUGCUGUGCCUGGCAGUGUGUCUGUUUUGUGCAGAUGAUUUCUGCAGACAGUAUUUAUCCUUGCUGAGCCCUUCCCUGAUUUUCCUCAGUCCGUCCAAGUAAAUAUGAGUGGUUCGUAACUGAUCCCUUGAUAGGAACCUACCUAUUUAAUAUCUCUGAAGCCAUUAUUGAUUGUCAAAAAAGUACAAGUAUACACAAAAGUUGGUGAGAAAAUUAAUUAUAUUUUAUUAAGUUUUAUAUAUUUUUUUGUUAGCUUUGAAUUGUUCAUUCCUGUAUUCAGGACCAUUAUGCACAACUCUUUAUAGCUGGGGAUUGCAGAUUUGUAGCUAAAUGUAACAUCUAAAGACAGUUUACACCCCAGUCUUCAUGUUGUCUAAUAAUUAGAAACAGUCUUACCAUGCAUUUGGUUCAUCUAGUGGUUGGGUAUAGUUGCCGUUAUGGUAGGAUUUCAUCUCAGUUAAGUUCCAAG